CAAAGAAUGAAAAUUGACUUUAGAAUAAAAGAUUCAACGCUUCUCUACACUAAACUUACUAUAUUUAGUGAUUUUUCAGCUUAUCAGUGAAAUAUCCAUAAAAAAUCAAGCAUGCCUUCUCAGAUGAAAGCUGAACUCCAGAUCAGUGGAAUUGUUACCCAGGGAGACCUACACAGCUUAAAAAACCCAGAUGUGAGAGACUUCAUAGUGACCUAUGCAAGGAUCUGUAAACCAGAGAGUAUCCACAUCUGUGAUGGAUCGGAGGACGAAAACAAAAAAGUCCUCUGCUUGAUGGAAGAUAAUGGAAUGAUCAAGAAACUACACAAAUAUGAAAAUUGUUGGUUGGCUUUAACAGAUCCACGGGAUGUGGCAAGGAUUGAAAGCAAAACUGUCAUUGUUACUCAAGAGCAAAGAGAUACUGUACCUGUUGCCAAAAGUGGGAUCAGCCAGCUGGGACGCUGGAUGUCAGAGAAUGAUUUUGAGAAAGCGUUCAAAGCCAGAUUCCCUGGGUGCAUGAAAGGGCGUACAAUGUAUGUUAUCCCGUUCAGCAUGGGUCCUCUGGGGUCUCCUUUAUCCAAAAUUGGGAUCCAGCUAACUGAUUCUCCUUAUGUGGUAGCAAGCAUGAGAAUCAUGACACGGAUGGGAGCAUCUGUCCUGGAAUCCUUAGGGGAAGAAGAAUUUGUUAAAUGCCUGCAUUCUGUUGGUUGCCCUAUUCCUUUAAAAAAACCCCUGGUGAACAACUGGCCUUGCAACCCUGAGUUGACCCUCAUCGCUCACAUACCAGAUCGUAGAGAAAUUAUUUCCUUUGGAAGUGGUUAUGGAGGAAAUUCUCUCUUGGGCAAAAAGUGCUUUGCUCUGAGAAUUGCCAGUCGUAUUGCUAAAGAAGAGGGAUGGUUGGCAGAGCAUAUGCUGAUUCUUGGCAUCACAAACCCAGAGGGGAAGAAGAAAUAUUUUGCUGCUGCUUUUCCAAGCGCUUGUGGAAAAACCAAUUUAGCCAUGAUGAAACCAUCACUUCCUGGAUGGAAGAUUGAAUGUGUGGGGGAUGACAUUUCCUGGAUGAAGUUCGAUGAGCAUGGAAAUCUUAGAGCUAUUAAUCCAGAAAAUGGCUUUUUUGGUGUUGCACCUGGUACGUCAGUGAAAACCAACCCUAAUGCAAUGGAAACCAUUAGAAAAAAUACAAUUUUUACUAAUGUUGGUGAGACAAGUGAUGGGGGAAUCUACUGGGAAGGCAUUGAUGACUCAUUGGCGCCUGACAUUACUUUGACCUCAUGGAAGAACAAGGAGUGGACCCCUGAAGAUGGAGAACCAUGUGCCCAUCCCAACUCUCGGUUCUGCACUCCUGCCAGCCAGUGCCCAAUCAUUGAUCCUGCAUGGGAAUCACCAGAAGGAGUACCUAUUGAGGGGAUCAUUUUUGGAGGACGUAGACCUGCUGGCGUGCCACUUGUUUAUGAAGCAUUGAACUGGCAACAUGGGGUCUUCGUUGGAUCUGCAAUGAGGUCUGAAGCAACAGCUGCAGCUGAACAUAAAGGCAAAGUUAUAAUGCAUGAUCCCUUUGCCAUGAGGCCUUUCUUCGGAUACAACUUUGGCAGAUAUCUUGCUCACUGGCUCAGCAUGGAACACCACUCUUCUGUUAAACUGCCCAAGAUCUUCCAUGUGAACUGGUUUAAAAAAGACAAAAAUGGUUGCUUCCUUUGGCCAGGCUAUGGUGAGAAUAUUCGUGUCCUUGAAUGGAUGUUCAAUAGAAUUAAUGGGGAUGACUGCGCCAAAGAAACGGCUAUAGGCUAUGUCCCAGCAGAGGGCUCCCUAAAUCUGAAGGGACUUGGAGACAUCAACAUGGAGGAACUUUUUGACAUCUCCAAAGACUUUUGGGAAGAGGAAGUAAAAGACAUUAAGAAAUACUUUGAUGAUCAGGUCAAUGCAGAUCUCCCAUAUGAAAUAGAAAGAGAGUUAAUUGCUUUAGAGGAAAGACUAAAACAACUGUGAAAUGUAGAGGAGCAAAAUGUGUAGAACUAAGCACACAGUUUUAAGUAAAUGAUUUUGAUACAGGCUGUGUUCCUGUAUUGUGAAUCUGUGGUUGCUUAUUAGGGCAAUAAUAGUUUCAACCUUACUUAAUCUUAUAUUCCUUUAGGGUUUUAUCUGUAAGGGUUAAAUCAGAAGAGGGAUGUCAACCCAUGUACUGUAUCUUUGAGACACUGUCUUCCAUUGUUACCUAAAAUGUUGUCUAUAUUUCACGCACCUUUCUUGGAUUAUGUCGUGGGAAUCUAGUGUGACGAAUUAAGUAAAAAAGUAAAUUAUAUAUUAAGUAUUAUAGAUAAUACUCAAAUAGAGACUUAAAUAAAGAGAGUGAGAUGUUUUGUAAAAUUUGUAAAUAGACACUAAAGAGAUUCAUGUAGCAUUGUUUUAUGUUUUUACAUUUGUAUCUAAAUAAUUAUAUUCUAUUUUUGUAUUGACUACCUUUAUUUUCUGACCUUCAUUUUCUUGUUGUUAAAUAUAUAACCUGUAAUACAUUUUUAUAAGAAA